AUGGCCGAAGGUCCAGCUGAAUGCGGCGUGCAGGUGUUCUGUCGUAUCCGACCGCUCAAUAAGACGGAAGAAAAGAAUGGCGAUCGAUUUUUGCCGAAAUUCCCCAGCGAAGACACAAUUUCCAUCGGGGGCAAAGUGUUCGUCUAUGAUAAAGUCUUCAAGCCAAACACCACUCAAGAACAGGUAUACAUGGGAGCAGCGUAUCACAUAGUACAAGAUGUGUUGUCUGGUUAUAACGGGACUGUAUUUGCGUACGGUCAAACAUCUUCUGGAAAAACGCAUACCAUGGAGGGUGUAAUUGGUGAUCAAGUAAUGCAGGGUAUCAUUCCACGAAUAGUACAGGACAUUUUUAACCACAUUUAUACUAUGGACACAGAGCUCGAAUUUCACAUAAAGGUCUCCUACUUCGAGAUUUAUAAUGAAAAGAUUCGCGAUUUGUUAGAUCCUGAAAAAGUUAACCUUUCAAUUCACGAAGACAAAAACCGUGUUCCUUAUGUGAAAGGUGCCACUGAAAGAUUUGUUGGAAGUCCGGAUGAGGUAUUACAAACCAUCGAAGAUGGAAAGAGUAACCGAAUGGUCGCUGUUACUAACAUGAAUGAGCAUUCAUCUCGUUCUCAUUCCGUGUUUCUAAUCACGGUUAAACAGGAACAUCAAGCAACAAAGAAACAAUUAGCUGGAAAACUAUACUUGGUAGAUUUAGCAGGUUCAGAAAAAGUUAGUAAAACUGGUGCCCAAGGUACAGUUUUAGAAGAAGCUAAGAAUAUUAACAAAUCGCUCACAGCUCUUGGUAUCGUCAUUUCCGCCUUAGCUGAGGGGACGAAAUCCCAUGUACCAUAUCGAGACUCGAAACUCACUCGAAUUCUUCAAGAAUCACUAGGAGGAAACUCACGUACAACUGUCAUCAUUUGUGCUUCUCCAUCACACUUCAAUGAAGCGGAAACAAAAUCUACGCUCAUGUUCGGUCAACGUGCGAAGACUAUAAAGAAUGUCGUCCAAAUCAAUGAGGAGCUGACUGCUGAGGAAUGGAAGCGCCGAUAUGAAAAGGAGAGGGAUAAGGUCACUCGUCUUUCGACCGUUCUACAAGCCCUCAAUUUAGAGAUGACUCGAUGGCGGGGAGGUGAACGUGUCAGUGAGGCUGAAUGGAUCAACCUCAAUGAUACUGCUGGUCUCUUGGCUGUCUCUGAGACUCCUACAGAUUCGACGACUCCGUCAAUGGAAAGGUCGAUGAUCGCCCCAGCACCACCGAUGCUCACUUCAGUUACUGGUCCUAUCACGGAUGAAGAGAAGAAGAAGUAUGAGGAAGAACGAGUGAAGUUAUACCAGCAGCUCGAUGAGAAGGAUGAUGAGAUCCAACGCGUUAGUCAGGAACACGAGAAGCUGAAGGCUCAGGUAUUGCUGCAAGAUGAAUCGAUUCAAGCGAUGCGAGAAAACGAGGAGACCUUACGCGAGGAGCUCGUACGAAUCCAGAAAGAGAGCGACGAUAAGCAGAACGAAACCAAAGAGAUGAUCUCCGCAAUUGAGGAUAUCGCAGUUCAACUCGAGGUCCGAAACGCUGAGUAUGAGAAGUUGAAGAAGGAGCUAGAGAUUGUGAUGGAGGAGAAUCAACAACUCGAAGAUAGCUCAAGCCAGGCUACGAGUGCAUUGAACGCCCAUCUUGAUGAGUGCGGCCCGAAGAUCAAACAUUUCAAGGACGCGAUUUAUAACAUCAUCCGCGAGUACAACAUUGCAGACAUUGUUAACCAGAAUGACAUUCUUCCUGAUCACGAGCUGCUCAACCACAUGCGUAUCGGUGUAUCGAAAUUAUUCAGCGAGAACACUGCUGCAAAAGAGAUGAACUCAGCCGAGGCGCAAGCUGCCGGCAAGAAGCUGGAGGAGAUGAAUUCUGUCCAAGGAACGGAUGCGAACAAAUUGAAGCAGCUUCUUGUGAAGGAUCAAGCGGCCCGAGAACUCAAGCCACUUUCCGAUAGAGUCAAUGUGGAGCUGGCUACCCUCAAGAAUUUGAAAAAGGAGUUCGUACGUAUGAUCCUCUCACGAUGCCAGGCUGGUCUCGAUGUUGAGGAAGACUGUCUUUCUGGCCCCGCACAGAAACAACGCAUUCAGUUCCUUGAGAACAACCUGGAUAAACUCACCAAAGUUCACAAACAGAUACAAGAAAAAGUGCUUCGCACACAAUCAGCAAUUUCUAGAAAAGCAAUGUCAUUUUUGAAUAAGGAUUCAGAUUGUGAAGAGUAUAUUAAAGGAAAUGCUGCUGUUAUUCGACCAUUAUUUGAACGUCUCGUACGCGACAACGCUGACCUUCGUGUUGAGUUACCGAAGAUGGAGGCUCGUCUUCGCGGAAGAGAAGAUCGUAUCAAGCAGUUGGAGACGGCUUUGAGGGAGACGAAAGAGCGCUCACAACUUGAGCGAAGGAAGUACCAGCAAGAGGUGGAGCGCAUCAAGGAUGCCGUUCGACAGCGUAAUAUGCGCCGUCAAAACACACCACAAAUUGUGAAGCCGAUUCGACCUGGACAGAUCUACUCUCCCUCCCCGGCUGUGGUCGGAGGCGUCCCAUCUCCGGCCGUCCGACCAGCAAAUGCGACACAAAUGAACGCACAGUAA